AUGGCAUCUAUAUUCAGACAACGGGUGAUAAGAUUUAAGAAGUUUGAGAAGUUAAGAUGGUAAGUGCGGUGUUUGAAAGUCAAAUUUAAAUUUUUCUUGAUCAAAGUUGAUUUAGUUUUUUAGAUAUGCGUUGUUCAUGAUGUUAUGACAUUGUUUUCGAUUAGUAUAAACCGUUUGUCAAAUGGUGACAUAAAGCAUCGAAAAUAUUAAUGGUAGAUUAAAGAAAACGUGUUUUAGGUAUGAAACAAACAAAAUGGAUUUUGGUGGACGAUUUGGCCACGCGAUGUGUUAUCAUAAGCCUCAGAAUCGUGUCUACGUCUUUGGAGGUAUCAAUGAGAACAAGGCCAUGUUGAACGACUUGAGAUACUUUUGCAUGGUAAGGGUUUGGUUAUUGUUUUUAAAGUUUAGGUGGUUUAAACUUCUAGAUCAUGAUGGUUUUGGAAUAUUGAUAGCUGAUAUAUAAACAGUGUCAAUUUGACGGAAAGUUGUUUGUUAUUUUGGCGUAAAGCAUUUAUUUAUAAUCUUGUGGGUAAUGGCAAUUAUUUUAUAGAGAACAAGGACAUGGAAUCUGGAAGUAUAUGAAUCUCCUGAACGUGACGGUCCUGAAGCUAUGUCAUUUGCGUCUUUGGUGUCUUACAAGGAUUCUUUGAUCUUGUUUGGUCUUUUCCCUAAUGAUUGUGCCAGUUCCUUCAGAAUCCUUGUACUUGACGUUCCUUCUCGUAGGUGGAGCACGGUAAGCUAUAAUAUCUUUCAUUUUUAGAGGAUUUUUAAAUAUUUAUAUACAAAUUUUCAUCUCGAACACGAAAAUAUUGUUUUUACAAGGAUUUGACAAAGUAUAAUAUAACUAUGGCUUUGUAGAGUCUUUAACCAUUAAAAUUGCUGGUCUAUCAAUAUUAUUAUAAAUAUUUCCAGGUUUAUCGAAACAAACCGGAAGAGGUAGUAGGCAAUACGUUUGGUCAUUCAGCUGUAGUAAUGGAGGGCAAAGUUAUUUAUUUCGGAGGUAUGACUAGAAAUGGCAUACCGUGUAAUCGAAUGUUCAUCUACUUCCCAGACACGAUGGCUGUUCAAGUAGUGGAGUUAGAGUAAGUUUCAACUGUUUUUAAAAUUUAGCACAACUUUAUCAGUUUUUAAUUUUUGAACUUCUGAUAAAUAUAUUUAUCUUUUUUAUAUAAAUUUUAUAUUUUUCAGAAACCCGCCAUCUCCCCGAGUAUUAUCAGCACUGGCUGUACUUGACAGUACUCGACUGCUUUUAGUUGGUGGUCGGACUGGAAUACAACCGCCAUUCGAAAGUUAUCAAGAUGCUUUUAUUGUCAAGUUUUUGGACGAGGAAUUUAAAACUGCCACAUGCACUACAUUACCUGUAAGUUUUUAUACUUUUCUCUGUUAAACAUUAUUGUAUCGUAGUUAAAUUGUUAGAGGCUCUUAAUUUUUUUGUGAUACUUUUAAAUUUAUCUUCUCGUGUACAUUUAAUGCCAAAUGUACACGAGAAGGUUGAAGACUAGUUCGUGUAGCUUGAAUCUACAAUUUCACAUAUUGGCUUGCUUAAACUUUGAAUUUUAACGAUAUUGUUUUAGAUUGAAAACCCGGCCGCUUAUCCACAUUCGGUGUAUGCCAAUAGUAACACGUCUGAUAAAAUGAUAAUUGUAUCAGAGCCUCGUGACUGUACCAAGGUCAAUCUUGAUUCCUUUUGUCUACGACAAUUGUUCGGCUACGAUUUUUCAAGCGAGAGAUUUGUCGAAGUAUGUUGAUAUAUGGUACUUGUUUUAUAUAUUUUUUACCUACUUUGUUAUUUGCUUUUUAUCUAACAUAAAUAUCUGUUUUGUAUUAUAAUAUAAUACUGAAAAUUUGCAAUAAUUUAUUGUAACUUAAGCUGUUCCAGGUCAGGCAUUGCAAAAUUCUUACGUUUUUGUGCCUUUGUCGUACAACACAAGACGAUGUUGACCAGAUGGACUAUGACGUUUAUCCACGACCUCAAGCUGGCGAUCGUUUCAUAUCAACCGACAAAGUUUACAAAAAAAAAAAAAUUGACAAUCGUUAUCAUCUGUUUGCCCCCCAAUACCCUGAUAUUCAUGAUACUAUGAAGUUGGUGUGGCGCGAUACCGUGGAAACGGUCCAACAUCAGCGAGAUUUCAUUAUGUACCCACACGACCACUUCUGUAUUAUGUUGUGGUUCACAAAGUAUCAUCCAUUAGAAGAAUGUGGGAAUGGUCAACGUUGUAGUAGUUCAUGCUACAGAGUAGGAGCGUGUAUUUACAGAAGGAUGAAAGAAUUGUACAGAACGGAAGACGAAGCCUUUUGCUCAAACUACUAA